GUUAUUGAGGAUGUGUACCUCCUCAUUACUUCCAGGUUAGGGAUUGUAGGAAGCGAAGAAAUUUUUACCCUGAGUUUGCUCGUGGGUGUAAGUAUAGAUGUAAUGGACUUAAGUCCUCCGCCAUACGCCCUGGGAAUGCCAGUUUGCAAGAACAUCUUAUUAACAGAAUCAAGGCUACAGGACCACUGACAGUUGCUGCCUUCAUGCAAGAAGUUUUAACUAAUCCACUUUCGGGUUAUUAUAUGACCAGUGAUGUAUUUGGUCAAGCUGGAGAUUUUAUUACUUCACCAGAAAUCAGCCAGGUCUUUGGAGAGCUUGUAGGUGUGUGGUUUGUAAACCAGUGGAUAUUGUCAGGAAAGAAAAAAGUAAAUUUUGUUGAGCUGGGACCUGGCAGAGGCACUCUAGCUUCAGAUAUAUUGAGGGUAUUUGGCAAGUUUCCAGAACUCCAUAGCAAACUUAGUUUGCAUCUGGUGGAAGUCAGUCCAGCCUUGAGUGAAAUUCAAGAAAAGAAUCUCACUGGUAAUCACAAAAAUGACCAAGAAAAACAGUGCGUUGUAACAGAUGACAGAUCUACAGACAGGGAGGGUGGAUCAGAGUUGUGUUAUAAAAAGUGUGUCACACAGAAUGGUACCCCAGUGUCAUGGUACAGAGCAAUUCAAGACAUCUCUUAUACUGGAAACUGUUUUUUCAUUGCUCAUGAGUUCUUUGAUGCCCUUCCAGUCCAUCAGUUUCAGAAAACAGAUCAGGGCUGGAGAGAAGUUCUUGUGGAUGUUUCACCAGAAAAAGAGUCCUCACAGCUGAGGUUUGUCUUAGCACCUGCUCCUACCUUAGCCUCACAGACUUUAGUACCUCAAGGCACCUUUGGGAACCAAAUUGAGGUGUGCCCCCAGGGUGGUGCCAUUGUGGAACACAUGAGUGAGGCCAUAGCUGACCAUGGUGGGUGUGCAUUAAUUGUGGAUUAUGGAGAGGAAGGUAGCAGAAGGCACACACUGAGGUCCUUCAAGAAGCAUGAAUUGCAUGAUGUUUUAGAAGAUCCUGGAAAUGCAGAUGUCACUGCUAAUGUUGACUUCGCGUACCUUAGAAAGGCUACCCAUGGGAAAGUUCAAACAUUUGGGCCGGUCACGCAAAGUUCCUUUCUUCAACAAAUGGGAAUUGAUAUGAGAAUGGAAGUCCUUCUGCAAAAUGCCAGCUCUUCACAGGCUGAGCAGCUUCAAAGCGGUUACAAACUGCUAACAAGCUCGUCAGAGAUGGGAGAAAAAUUCAAGUUCUUUAGCCUUGUUCAACAUGGACUCCCAGAACCAGCUGCUUUCAGAUGACAUCAGCUGCUAGUCGUAAAGCAGGAUUCAGCUCAGUGACAGCGACUUGCGCUCUGCUCUGCGAUGUGACGCGUUGUAGUUGUCACAGGGCACGAGACUUUUAUAGUCCCUCUAGAACCAAUGACAUCUUCCCGUGAAAAUUGAAUGCAGUGAAACACUAUCUGAUACGUGUAUCACUCACGCUGGAAUCACUUUGAAUUAAAACUGAUUGAUUGAUUGA